UCAAGGGCACAUCAGAUGCUAACUUCCAAAACCCUAACCUUUUUGUUCUCUCCCCCUCACUCCCUCUUCUUACCAUACAGAGGAAAAGGCUAGGGUUUUAGCCAAUUACGCAGAGAGACUGCUAGGGUUAGGAUUUCUUUUGUUUCUCCUCCGACUGAGUGAAGAUGGUGGUGGACAAGGGUAAGAAGAUGAAAGUAGCAGAAAAAAGUGAAGACGAUAACAACCACCCUGACCAAAUUGAUGGAGACCUCGUCCUCUCGAUCGAAAAGCUCCAGGAGAUCCAAGAUGACCUCGAAAAGAUCAAUGAGGAGGCAAGUGAUAAGGUCUUGGAAGUAGAGCAAAAGUAUAAUGAGAUACGUAAGCCAGUUUAUGAUAAGCGGAGUGAGAUCAUCAAAUCUAUUCCUGAUUUCUGGGUAACUGCGUUCUUAAGCCAUCCUGCUCUUGGCGAGCUUCUGAGUGAAGAGGAUCAAAAGAUAUUCAAACAUUUGACUUCCUUGGAAGUGGAGGAUUUUAAGGAUGUGAAGUCAGGCUACUCUAUCACAUUUAACUUCGAGCCAAAUCCAUUUUUUGAAGACACAAAGCUUGUGAAGUCUUUCACUUUCCUUGAAGAGGGAAGCACAAAAAUUACUGCUACAUCAAUCAAGUGGAAGGAAGGCAUGGGCAUACCUAAUGGAGUAAAUCAUGACAAGAAAGGGAACAAGCGACCUUUUGCCGAUGAUGGCUUCUUUAGCUGGUUUAGUGAUACUCAACAAAAGGAUGAAAUGGAUGAAAUUCAUGAUGAGAUUGCUGAGAUAAUCAAAGAGGAUCUGUGGCCCAAUCCCCUUAAUUAUUUUAAUACUGAGGCUGAUGAAGAGGAUUUGGAUGGUGAGGAGGCUGAUGAAGAGGGAAAGGAUGGUGAUGACUCUGACGAGGAGGAAGAUGAUGACGAAGACGAUCAGGAUGAAGAUGAUGAGGAUGAAAAAUGAAAAGGCCGACAAAUAAUGCCUCCGGUUGAGCAAAUUACUUCUGUCAGCCAGGACUCUCUGGCAUAAAUGAACUGGUGUAAAGUUUUCUGGUGUUUUACUUAUGUCAACUGAUAGAGGAGAGCAUCCGACCUCUACUGUUAUGAUAGCUUUCUAUCUCAUAUAGGCGACUAAACGGGAUAAUUAGCAAAUUACUUGGUUUACUUUUAGUCAAAGGUGAUACGUUUUGGUUUUCUAUGGGGUUAUUUUGUGUUUCUUACCUGCUGCUGCUUGUCAGGUCUCUUAGAUUAAAAUGGUAGUCUUAUUUUUUGUUUCUGGAAAACUUUAUCGAUGAGAAAGAAGUAAAUGAGUUAUGUUUUAAAUGCAAA